CUGAAGAUGUGUCGAGACGUAUCUCCCCGCGUUUCCCCGUAUGAAAGCUUCUUACGAUUAUGAAUUAUGAAAUGCGAAUUCUGGGAUAAUACAUGACAAAUCCAAAUUGGCACACACAAGCAAGAUUGCGCCAUACUACUAUACACUAUACACAGAUUCCUGCCGUGAGUAACAUUCAGUUUUACAUGGUUUUACAUUCCUGGCUGCUGAAAACACUUGCGAAGAUUGUACUCGCAAUGAAAUAAAGUAUACAUGUAUAUCCGAUGUAAAACCAACGGUGAGGAGCAAAAUGCAUUCAACGGAGUACAUCCAUACAUAAUAUGCGACUCUAGCAUCCUUACCAUGUUUAACCUAAAAUUAAUCUAACAGGAAGAUUUAACGAAAAACCAGUCUGUAGUCAGCGUUCUUGCCAGUGUCAUUCAGAAAUGUCAUCAUAAUUGACACAAGAUCACACGUGAAUCCCACGAAUCAUCUGGUGUACGAGCAAACGCGAGAAGCGACUGUAUGUAAUAGUCUCUCUCUCCUUUUAUUAUUUUUUACAUCUCACGAAAAUCUCGUGACGAAACGCAAGAGACGAGAGACCGGGUGACCGGGAGAGAAAGAGAUAGAGAGAGAAAGAGGGACCAAAAGAGAGCGGGGCAUCUCGCGGCGGCGCCGAGGGAUCGAUACGCCGGCGACGUCGGAGCAGACGCGAGAGCUCGAUAUCGUCUCGAAAUUCGAAAUUUCACGAAUGCCGCGAGCUCCCCAUAGUUCCUCAUCGCUGGCUGGUUGUGGCUGGAGCGGCUUCCAUUUUGAGAGACCGAUCCCCCGGCUCGUAAACACGAGUGUGCUGCUGUGUCGCCCGCGUCUCGCUCGCGUCGUUUCGUUCGGCGUGUGUGCUCGGCGUCGUCGGUGAGUGACAGAGAUCCGUCAACGGAUCGUGGGAGUCGAAGGAGUCGCGAUAACGAAGAGACACACGAGAGACCGACAGGAUGCAGGGUACUAUAAUCGAAAACCUGAGCGGCAAGAAGCUCUCGGUGCUGGUGAUGCUCCUGAUAAUCGCGCAAAUAGUCUGCUUCCUGAUAGGUGGUUUAAUCGCACCUACACCUGCUAGCAGUCAGAACAUUCUUGGUACACCAUGCAAAGUUGUUAGCGUUAAUGAUUCUUAUGACGAAAAUAUGUGGUUUUAUUCAAGAGGAGAAGGUUCCUGUACUCAAGUCGACAUGCAUCAGUUUACUUUAGACACCCAUCAGCAAGCUUAUAAAGUUGUAUACACUUUUCAGAUGCCCGUACCUCGGAACAGUAUGCAGCUUGACUAUUCAAGAUGGCAACAAAAUUUGAUAGGUGUUUUACAAGUGGAUAUAUCUUAUACCAGCCAGAUUGAAAUCGCUCCUAGGACAAAAAUAACACUAGAUGCAAGGCUAGCAUAUCGAAACAAGGGAGAUCCGGACAAUGCAUGGAAACCAUAUGCUGCUUCUAUUGUGGAAAGAAUUUUGGACUGUAGCAUAGACAAGCCUUUGGAGCAGUACAAUUAUAAUUGUAGCGUUAUGCCAUUAUUUGAAUUAGGAUCUUUGUAUCAUGAUUAUUAUUUAUUGAAUAUUCGUCUUCCUUCUGAUCCUGAUAAGAAUCAAGGAUUGGGACACAUCGUUGAUUUAUGGCUUACAGCUAUUAAUCAAAAUGGUGGAUUUACGAAGGUGUGGGUGAGUCUGAAGACCAUUUAUUUCCCAGUAGUGCUAGGCGUUUUGGCUUGGUAUUGGAGAAGAGUAUACAUGCUCUCCAGAUCACCCGCUCUUUUGGAGUACAUGCUCUUAGCUUUGGGUUCCGCUUUAACAUUUUUAAAUUUGCCAUUGGAAUAUUUAACUCUUGCUUACGAUAUGCCAUUUAUGCUUUUAUUGGGUGAUAUUCGACAAGGAGUAUUUUAUGCAACAUUGUUAUCAUUUUGGCUUGUGUUUGCCGGUGAACACUUAAUGAUUCAGGAAGGUGAACAAACCAAUUCAUUAAAAUGUUACUGGCGGCAUCUCUCUGCAGUAGGUACCGGAUGUCUUUCACUAUUUGUAUUCGAUAUGUGUGAACGUGGUGUACAACUAAGAAAUCCAUUCUAUUCGAUUUGGGUUACUGAUCUUGGCACGAAAUUGGCAUUGUCUUUCAUCAUCUUGGCUGGCAUAUCAGCAGGAAUAUAUCUAUUAUUUUUGUCCUAUAUGAUCUGGAAAGUAUUUAUGAACAUUAGUGCGAAGAGAGCUGUUUUACCUAGCAUGAGCUCGGCGCGACGUCUACAUUAUGAGGGCGUUAUAUAUCGUUUCAAAUUUCUAAUGAUCGCUACAUUAUUAUGCGCAUCAUUAACUGUCAUUGGUUUUAUACUUGGACAGGUUGCAGAAGGUCAGUGGAAAUGGGAUGAAGAUUUGCAAUUGGAAAUGACUUCUGCCUUUUUCACCGGCGUAUAUGGAAUGUGGAAUAUUUACAUCAUUGCAUUAUUAUGUCUCUAUGCACCUUCCCAUAAGCAAUGGCCAAUCGAGCCAUCUGAAAACAGUAUUAGUGAAGAGAUCGAAUUUUCUCCCUUGCCAACUGAUCCUAACGAGAUGCUAUCUCUGACUGCAUUUGCACGAAAAACAGCAGUAGAGUAAAGUACAGGUUUUUACUUGUGUACAUUUUGUAAGAAAUUGGACGACACAUGGCGAACUUUACUUAAUACUUCAUGUACUUAAUUGUUAUAACUAGAAGUGUUAUAACUAGAACUUGUAAGUAGUACUGUACUUAGAUUUCCCACUAUUUAUUAGGAACACAAUGACUGAUAAUACUCCUAUGGUAACACAAUUUUAUAUACCAAAUUUGCUUAUUUAUUGCUUCUAACAUUUUUUAAUGUUCUUUUGUAUAUCUAUUUAUAAUAUUAUAUUAUCUGUAAUAAGAAAUAUAUAAGUCAUUUCAUCUCUAUAUUUGUUAGUAUUUGUCGAAAACAUAAAUUCUGGAAUGGAUAAUUAAUAAGAUCUGUUUUUUAAUACUAUUUAUAAAAAUUUAUAUAGCAUAAUAUAACACGAAUAUACGAGUGUAAAUUAAAACAUAAAGUGUAAUAUUUAAAAUCUACUAAAAAGUGUGACAUACAAAAAGAAAUACUAGAGUAAAAACAAUAGACGUAUUCAUGUUAUUUUAAUAUAGCAUCCACUUUGACAAAAAAAAUUAUAUUAAUAUUUUCAACUCACUUAACGUUACAUAAAGUACUCACUUAAUGUUACAUAAACGACAAUCAAAUGUUUCCAUCAAAUCAAAUGUUUUAUAUACGAAUGAGAUGAAAUGACUUCAUCUAGUAAACAGCAGCUAAUCUAUGAUCAAGUUAGGAUUUAUACAGUAUUAUAUGGAUGUAUUAUCGUGUAGAAUUCGUUUCUACAAAGUCUGUACUAAUGAGGCAUUUCAUCUACUAAUUGAUGAAAUUCUUAUGUUGAAAAGAGGGGUUAAUGAAUUUUUUUAAAUAUUUUUUUACAUAUAAAAGAUUUUUAGAAGAUUUUUCAGUAUUAUGUGCUUAUAGUAGUGAUAGUUUUCCUGCACUAAUCUAAUCAUUGUUUUAUAGUAAUAAAUAUAUGACACAUCUUAAGAGAUAAGAACUGUAACUUGCAUACUUAAACAAUUAAUUAUUCUUAGAUGGACAUAAAAAUUUGAAGAUAUUGUAGUAUUCCAUUCCAGUCUUACGAGACGUUAUAAGCGUUAGAUGUGUUAAUAUAAGUGAUUUGUUGCAAUCGAUCCAGCAACAAAUGAAUGGAUUUAGACGAUAAGUUUAAAUUAAGAAUUUGAAAGAACAUUUCUCUUAUUCACUUGUCAUAUAUUAAGUAUGAGAUAGCGUAAAGAGAAAAAUAUAGUUUUCACUUCCUUAUUCGAAUUAUAAAAAAGCCUCGUAUGGUAUCUUAUUAUAUUAUACAUAUCAUUAUUGGGCAUUCAUCUAUGAUUUGUAACACAAUGUAUCCCAAGUAAUACAGAUUCAAAAUAUGUUUAAUAAACAUUAAAAAUUAAUUUUAAAUGUUUAAACUGAAAAAAAUAAACGCUUAAAAUUUUA